AUGACGGGCGCUCCGCCGUACAACGCUCAGUCUCCGACGCAGCAGCAGCGGUAUCCGGCCUACACCUCGCCCAAUAAGAACUCGUAUUACCCCAAUGAGCAACCCCAGCAGUAUCAUCAACACCCACCCCAGACUCCCCCAGCCUUUCCUCCCGUUGCGCGAAGCCCGCACUUCUCGCACGCGUCUCCGAUGCCGGGGAGUCUUCCUCCGCCCUUGAAUGGGGCUGCGCCACACCAAUCCCACCCAGACCAGUCGCAAUUCCAAGGCCACGCGGCUGGCUCGCAGCUCCCACCAUUGACGCGACCCUAUUCCAGCUCAGUGAUGGCCAGCAACGGUGCUUCGCCAUACACAACACCGCACGGCCACCCGGCCAGUCACCCGGAGGGCCACGCGCAAUCUCCCACCCGCGAAUCCCAAUCCCCAUACCGUAUGCGAGGAAACAGCGGUGGAUAUGGAGCUCCUGUGAUGCGGGACCAGAGACCUGCAUCGCCCCAGGAAACGAAGCCUGCUCGAGCAGCCGAUCCCAUGUCUUUCGCAAGCAUUCUCUCCGGCCCUUCGGAUGGACAGCCCGCAAGAAAGCCCUCUCCCCCGCCCGUCGCAUUUUCUACCCCUACACCACACGCUGCUCCCUCCUUCGAACACCGACAUUUGAAUCAUGGACCUGCGCCGGGCGCCCUUUACCCCAAGUCGGAGCAUCGAUUUGGGCUCGAUAAACGCAUUGAGAGUCCCCGGGGACCACUUGCUACCAAUGGAUUCGCCAAACCGGAAAUGGAACAUCACGCCCCUGUUCCCCGUGGACCACUGCGAAAGCCUUUCCCACCUGGCGUGGAUGUGGAGCAGGUCAACCGUGCUGCAGCUGAGAUUGAUCAGGCUGACAAGAGUGACGUUGAAGAUCCUGCGUUUGGUCCUGAGCUUGAAAGGUACAAACAAAAGAGCCACAAGCGAUCAUUGGACAGCAACAGAGCCGAGCAAAUUCGACGAAAGCGCCGCCGCAAUGAGUUCCUAGUUGACCUAGGCCGAGCCUUCGAGCGCCAGGUUAUCCUAGGUACCGACCGAUUCCGAACAAUCCACGAAGGUGCCGUUAUUGCCGAAGUUCAACAGAAGGAGGUUCAGGAUGAAAAGGAACGCAAGAAGGACAUGCAACGCAAACGUCGUCGCGAAAACACCGUGCGCCAGGAAAUGCAGAAGAAGGCUGAGGCCGAACGCAAGGCCAGCAGAGCCCAGGAGCCCGGCGAGAGAAUGAAGUUUUUGCGUGAAGCUGAGCGAGCCCAAAAGAAGAUUCGGACCACCAAGCGCGCCCUGGAAGGAGGCGAUGGCCACGAUGAGCUGGGUGAGGUCACACCACUUGCUCCUAACCUCGAGGGCGGCACGACGAGCUCGUUUGCCAUUGGCAGCGACGCUGCGCGACGCCGGUCUGGUCGUGCAGCUGGCCCCGUAACUCGUCCCAAGAAGUCGAAGGAACAGAAGCAGGCCGAGAAGGAUCUUGCGGAGGCUGCCUGGAAUGCCGGGAUCGAUGAUGACCUCUAUCUCACCCCAAGCACUCGCCGAGAUGCGCAUCAUUCCAAGGAGGGUACCCCCAUGUCACAGCUACAUUACGACAGCAAGGGUUACAACCAGAUCUACGAACAGAUUUGGCGCGACAUUGCGCGUAAGGACAUCCCCAAGGUUUACCGCAUCAAGACCACAUCGCUUUCUACCCGCCAGGAGAACCUGCGCAAGACAGCCCAGCUGGCCAGCAAGCAGUCUCGCAAGUGGCAGGAGCGCACGAAUAAGAGCACCAAGGAUACACAGGCCCGUGCCAAGCGAGCGAUGCGUGAAAUGAUGACCUUCUGGAAGCGGAACGAGCGCGAGGAGCGUGAUUUGCGCCGUGUGGCAGAGAAGCAAGAGCUUGAAUCCGCUAAGAAGGCAGAGGCCGACCGCGAAGCCAAUCGCCAGAAGCGCAAGCUCAACUUCCUGAUUUCGCAGACUGAGUUGUACUCUCACUUCAUCGGGCGCAAGAUUAAGACCGACGAGGCACAAGGCGAUGGUGCUGUUGCUGCUACUGGAGAAACCGCUCAACCCGGCAAGCCCGACGCGCACACAGUCAAUCUCCCUGAUAGCGUCGCCAACCCCGACGCUAAGACUACUGCGUUCGAGGACCUUGACUUCGAUGCCGAGGAUGAAACGGCUCUGCAACAGGCCGCCAUGGCCAAUGCGCAGAAUGCUGUUCAGCAAGCUCAAGACCGCGCUCGUGCCUUUAACCAAGAGGGCGACAACAUGGCGGCGUUUGACGAUGGGGAGAUGAACUUCCAAAACCCUACUAGCUUGGGUGACAUCGAAAUCUCUCAGCCCACGAUGCUUAAUGCCCAGUUGAAAGAGUACCAGCUCAAGGGUCUCAACUGGCUGGUCAACUUGUAUGAGCAGGGUAUCAACGGUAUCCUGGCAGAUGAGAUGGGUCUGGGUAAAACCAUUCAGUCCAUUUCUGUGAUGGCAUACUUGGCUGAAUUCCACAAUAUCUGGGGUCCCUUCCUUGUCAUUGCGCCGGCAUCUACUCUUCACAAUUGGCAGCAAGAAAUCACGAGGUUCGUGCCGAAUCUUAAGGUCCUACCUUACUGGGGUAAUGCGAAGGACCGAAAGAUUCUACGAAAGUUCUGGGACCGCAAGCACAUCACAUACAACCGUGAUUCUGAGUUCCAUGUUCUUGUUACUUCCUACCAACUUGUCGUUCUCGAUGCACAGUACUUCCAGAAGGUUAAGUGGCAGUACAUGAUUCUGGACGAGGCUCAGGCGAUCAAAUCUUCCUCCAGUUCACGAUGGAAGAAUCUGUUGGGCUUCAGCUGCCGUAACCGGCUUCUGUUGACCGGUACGCCAAUUCAGAACAACAUGCAGGAACUGUGGGCUUUGCUUCAUUUCAUCAUGCCGACAUUGUUCGAUUCACACGACGAGUUUAGCGAAUGGUUCUCCAAGGACAUUGAGUCCCACGCUCAGAGUAACACCAAGCUCAAUGAAGAUCAGCUCAAGCGUCUGCACAUGAUUCUGAAGCCCUUCAUGCUGCGUCGUGUCAAGAAGAACGUGCAGCAAGAGCUUGGCGACAAGGUCGAGAAGGAUAUCUUCUGUGACUUGACAUAUCGCCAACGUGCCCUAUACGCCAACCUGCGCAAUCGUGUCAGCAUCAUUGAUCUCAUCGAGAAGGCCGCCACCGGUGAUGAUACUGAUAGCAGUACGCUUAUGAACUUGGUCAUGCAGUUCCGAAAGGUCUGCAACCACCCGGAUCUUUUCGAGCGCGCGGAGACCAAAUCACCUUUCUCCGCUGCGUCUUUCGCCGAAACUGCUUCCUUUGUGCGCGAAGGCAGCUUCGUCGAUGUUCGCUAUUCCACUCAAAACUUGAUUCGUUAUGACCUGCCUCGUCUGCUGUGUAGCGAUGAAGGACGGCUGGACCUUCCUGGAUCGAAGAACCCACGCGCUGGUUUCCAGACCAAGUAUCUGUCACAGCUGAUGAAUGUCUGGACACCGGAAAAUAUUCACAAGAGCGCACGUGAAAAUGGCGCCUUCUCGUUCCUGCGUUUCGUCGAUACUUCCCCAGCAGAAGCCAGUGAGGCUGCUCGACUCGGCGUCUACGAGCGUGCAGAGCGUCGCCGCAGCAAACCCAACAGACUUUCUGCCCUGAAUGUGAUUUAUGAUGAGAGUGAUGAUUCCAAGAACUCGGUACUGUCUCACUCCAUGCUGAACAUUGUCGACCGUGAGGAUCGUCAAGCUGUCCGUGAUGUCGCCGCCGAGGGUCACAUGAACAAACUCAUGACUGUGUCUCGCUCGGCAUUUGAGGAUCAAGGUCUCCAGUUAAUUGAACCAUGUGCUGCCCCGAAGGCUUCCGCGCCUCCCAUUACCAUUUCUGCCUCGGGUCAACAGGCCAUGCGGGAAUCCAAUUAUGCAUUGUUCAAUGCUUCGGUCCGUCAAGCAUUGUCUGGUCAUCACAGCCGCCAACUCGAGCAGGAGAUCCUGGCCAAGAAGCUGGACCCUACACCAUACUCUCACGCCCCCAUGCUUCCUGCGCCUGGCUCCCUCAAGGGACGCUACAGCCACAUCGCGGUUCCAUCAAUGGGUCGCUUCGUGACUGACUCCGGCAAGCUGGCCAAGCUAGAUGAACUAUUGCGCGAGCUCAAGCCUGGUGGCCACCGUGUGCUUCUGUACUUCCAGAUGACACGUAUGAUUGAUUUGAUGGAGGAGUACCUGACAUAUAGGAACUAUAAGUACUGUCGACUAGACGGAAGCACCAAGCUGGAAGACCGUCGCGACACAGUUGCCGACUUCCAGUCGAACCCUGAAAUCUUCGUGUUCUUGCUUUCCACUCGUGCUGGUGGUCUCGGUAUCAACUUGACAGCCGCCGAUACAGUUAUUUUCUACGACUCCGACUGGAACCCUACCAUCGAUUCACAGGCUAUGGAUCGUGCCCAUCGUUUGGGUCAAACUCGCCAGGUCACUGUCUACCGUCUCAUCACCCGCGGAACCAUCGAAGAGCGGAUUCGCAAGCGUGCCUUGCAGAAAGAAGAGGUGCAGCGCGUUGUCAUCACAGGUGGUGCUUCCGGUGGUGUUGACUUUAACACCCGCGCUCGCGAGAACCGCACCAAGGACAUUGCACUCUGGCUUGCUGAUGACGAUGAAGCCGAACUCAUCGAGCAGAAGGAGAAGGAGGCCAUGGAACGUGGUGAGGCCCUUGGUGCAAAGGGUGGCAAGAAAGCUGCCCAGAAGCGCAAGCGGGAAUUCACGCUCGAUGACAUGUAUCAUGAAGGCGAGGGCAACUUCGAUGAUGCCAGCAACAAACCCUCUGGCGCUGCCACUCCCGCAGAAGAGCCAGUUGAUACUCCUUCGUCAACGUCCGCCAAGCGUGGACGCGGCCGCGGCCCUGGCAAAGGAACCUCAAAACGCGCAAAGACUACUAAAGAGCGCCUACGUCUGAUCGACGGCGAUGGCGGUCUCGAUUAA